UAGAAACACACAGGGAUGUGAACAUUUCUACUGCGUCGCCUCUUUUCUCCUUUUUUUUUUUUAAAGACACGCACUGCGCGGAAGGAGCCUCUAUUUACAAUUUCCUCCCACAGCGACUUUGUGUGAGUGAACAUGGCGACGUGCAUCCCCUUCCAAACACAGCUAUCCUCAAUAAUGGAGGUUCUGGUGAAGGCAGCAGUGGCAGAGAUCUCCAAACUAGUCGAUGACAAAUGUGCGUUUCUGCAUCUCGAAAUCUCCCGAAAGCAAAGCGAGAACGAGAUGCUGAAGAGGAAGCUGCUCGUGAUGGAGAACAAGAACCAGCAGCUGCAGCGCGGAUUCGAGAACUACAUGGACCGAGGACCUGAUGAAGGAAACAACUGUCCACAUCCCACAGCGGCGGAUAUUAAGUUUCCUGAGAUUGAAGAUAGCACAGUUUCCUUCACAAUUAAAGAAGAGAGUCCAGAUGAGGCGCUUUGGAUCAGUGAUUCUGCCGGAGCGAUCGGUUCUGCUGUACAAUACCCAAAUGCUGCAAACGCUCCAGAGAACCAGAGGUUUCAAGACAACCACCGGUUAACCCAUUCAGACGUCGCCAGACAGAAGCCUUCAGAAUUCAGCGACUCGUACAACUCUGGUCCGCAUGCUGUAGACAUCAGUGGCCUUCAGUUCACCGUCAAGACCGAGAAGGAGGAGGACCGAUUGGCCUUCAGGCAAGACGGGUGCCAGCACAAUGUGGGAAAGCAGACUCAGCUCGCUGCUGACUUUUCCAUGGAUGAAAGGGAGAAUCAGCUCUGGUCAUCCAUAAUUGAAGGUAAUGACAUUGAGGCUGGUUUUCCAGACUUCUCGAGUGUAGUGGAGGAGUAUUCCAACACAUUCCCAGACCAUUCAGAUGCAGACGUGGUUUCUAACAAGCCGACUAGUGUCCAGCAGUCGUCCUCUCAGAGGCUGUGCAAUGGGAUCUACAGCAGUGAUGCUCCGCAGUCGUCCGGUUUCCAGCCCAGACCUCAGGCUGCACUGUCGCAGCAAGACAAGCAGAAGGAACAGAUUUACCCGCAGAGAAACGCCUCGCACGCCGCCCAUCUGAGGCAGCCAGACGAAGACCCCGAGAGGGAGGCUGCCACCGGAGAUAGAGCAGCUGUAACUCACUCGCACAACGCUUUCACACCGAGCAGCUUCCACCCCCACAAGCCUCUCUCCGGUGUGGCCCGGGGCUACGCUUGCUCGCAGUGCGGAAAGACCUUCAACCGCCUGCACCAGUUCAAGCUGCACCAGCAGAGCCACAAGAGAAAGCGAGCGUUCUGGUGCACAGUGUGCGGGAAGAGCUUCCAGUGCUCGUCCCACCUGAGCAUCCACCACCGGACGCACACGGGGGAGAAGCCCUAUGGUUGCGGACAGUGCGGGAAGAGGUUCACGCAGCAGAGCAGCCUGAGGGUCCACCAGCGCACGCACAGCGGGGAGAGACCCUACAGCUGCUCACAGUGCGGGAAAACCUUCAUCCUGAUGCACCAUUUGAAACGUCACAGAAUCAUCCACACGUACAGCUGGGGGGGAGAUGUGUGAGGCUCAGGAGAAAGAAAGGACACAAAUGACAGUUUGAAACCAAAUCAGAAAGCCACUGAACGGCAGCUUUUUGUUUGUUUUUUGGGUUGUGAUUUUUAACUUUGCGGCAUUGCUGACAGACUUUGUAUAUUAAUGCAUAUUUUACUAUGCAAAGUCCAUCUGGAUGGAUUUUAAGAUGUUUGCUUCUUUUUUUUAAAAAAAAAUUCUUGUCUUAAAAAUGAUCAAAAUGUGAAACCGAAUUGCACCCUCAUUCACACAAGUCAGUAUUUGUGAGAUACUUCCGAAGCUAGAAAUCCAAAAAAACAAGGUCUACAAUGUGGAGUCAUCAAACAAAAACCUUAUGGCUUUCCGCUUACACAUACCUACGAACAUACAGAUCCUCACACAAACUGUUUGUUGUUUUUCGCUUGUCAUGUAGAAAUGAGCCUUACUUCAUCUCCGUACUGAAACUUUCGAAGCACAAGAUGCUCAUUGCCCCAUCCACUCUUCCCCUAAAGUUAGAGUCUGUGAUUCUGGAGAAAGAUUGCAGAUAUUUAGCUCGUUAGCAUAUUUGGACAGUCAGGGCUGUGUAUGAACACAAGAUUUUGUUUCAGCACAAACAAAACCGACAGCCGGUGGACCAUGAGGGUAUCGGAUUCGAAUCGCAUACAGAAUUGACAAGUGGGUUUUCCACACAAAUCCGUUGAAGCACCUCUCAGGUUCAUGUUUUAAUCUCAACAUUGGUGAAAAGAAAAACCUGCCUGAUGUUUGCUCUGUGUUCCAUUUUCCAUGAAAAUUCACCCCAAAAUACUCUCCUCUUUGUUAUGCUUUAUAUUAAAAAGGAUUGUCAAAACCA